AUGUGCAUGUCAAAGGAGCAAGCUAGCGACGAGCCCAGGAAGGCCGCCAGUUUGGGCCCCUUUGAGCUCCCGUUACCGCCAGUGGACAAAGAGCGCUUCAGGCGGCUGCAAAUUCUGGUGCAAGAGGAGAGGAAUCAUGGGCAGAUUGAGUUGUAUGAAGACCAACUGCAGGGUUGCAAGGUGGUGGGAAAGCGAAUUUUCCGCUCGUGGACACUGGGAAGUGCCGAGGAGUUCGCAGCAGCCCAUCCCGACCUGCUGGAGAGCCCAUGGAAGGAAGUGGAGAUCAGCCUUGUGCUGGGCUUGAACAAAGUCCAGGCGAAGCUCGGAGUGUGCAAGAGCUUCGGAGCCUUCCGAGAUGAAGAGGGCGACAUCCUUCUGUUCAUGGAGUACAUCAGCGGUGGCGACUUGCACGACUUGGCAAGUAGAUGCUCCACCAAGCCUGGACCGGAGAGGGAGCAGAAGGUGUGGCCGGUUGUGCUCUCGCUGCUGCGCGGAGUCCGCUGCCUGCACGACGCUGGCGUGGCUCACGGCGACAUUUCGCUGGAGAAUGCAUUGCUCGGGCCGGAUGGAGAGGUCAGGCUGAUUGACUUUGCAGCUGCAGAAGCAGACGUGUGGGUGCAGGGCAUUCGCGGCAAGCCGUCUUAUCAGGCUGCUCGAAACGUGCAGUCAAGCUACAGUCUAAGCCAGCUUGAGCUCGAAAAGAUGGCGGCCGGUGCAGCUGUCAGAGGCGAGCAGCGACCCGCGGAUGGCAAGGAGCCGAGAGCGCUCAUGAGUGUCGGCAUUGGCGACUUCCGGAACACUUCAUCUGGACCGUACCGAGAACUUGCCAUUGCCUUCCCAGCCUGUGAAAACGAGGAUAUCGUGCUCGAUUGUGGGAGCUUCAUGCACUGUCAAGACAAGCUGCCGGCAUGUGCCCACACGUUCAUGUUCCGCAGCUAUGCCAGCAACGAGGCGGCGGUCCUCAGCGCGCGCUCGGCCGGAAUUUCCGCGCAGCUCAGUACCAGGUUCGAGUUUUCGCGGGAGAAAGCCGGGAGAGGACACAUCUUGGCCUUCUCGGUCAUGGGGUCGGAAGAUGAUGAGCUCCUGCAGGGUAAAGUGGAGGUGAUCAACAGCCAUGGAGGCGAAGGCGACACGACAGGGAUGGCAGAUCCACGUCGAGGAGAUCAAGGAUACCGUUUACAGCUUUUCGUCGCAGAAGGCAAUGACGGCCGAGGUGCUCGUCACAUUUGUUCCUUCCCGAGUGGUCUCCAAGCAGCUCCGGCGCGCAUCGUCGGAGACAUGAACGGUGGGGACUUUUUCCGAGAUGUAGGAUUUCAGCCAGAGGGUGCGAUGCAUCUGCCCAGUUUACAAGUCGUUCGAUUGCCUUCCUGGGGAGGCAUGACACAUGCAACCUCUGCUGCCUCUGCGAUUCAAUCCUCACAGCCGGCACAGCGGCAGGCUUCGGCUUCUGGCCGCACGACACCCUUGGUGCAAGCGCCGGUGGAAUCAGCCCCUGCACGCGGACAAUCCGACUUCAUGGACAUGGUUCGGGAGUUCAAUGAAGGUCAUGCAGUCCCAAAGACGCAGCCAGUGUCUGAAACGCCUGACCUUCUGCAACAGCACCUUCACAAGGAACCUGCCACGGACCCACGCAGCGAGCUGCUGGCAGCCAUAGCUGGCUUCCCGGCCGACAUUGCCAAGCCGAUCCCAGCCCAAGGCGAUGUGGGGACAGCGAGUCACACCGAAGCCGCGCAAGUCGAAUCCUUGCGGCAGGAUGAGACGAAGAUCCCCAGCCCAAAGUUCGGCAAGGAUACUAACCUGACCAGUGCGUCGGCCCCGGCCUUGAAGCCCUGGAGCCAGCAAACCGAUCUACCUCCAAUCACCGUCACCUCGCGCCGGCCUCUGAACAGAACCUGGCAGGGUGACUUCGUGGUCGACGAGAAAAGCCACGUGCCUUUGACAUCCUGGUUUACUCAGCGGAGGAGCUGGAACAUUCAUAUCUCCCAUCGUGACCUACGUGCACAUCGGCGGGACGCGGAGCUGGCCGCAGGCGGUGUCGUCUACGGCAAUGGCUACAUACGCCUCUUCAGCGGCAGCCACCUGUUGUGCACCGGGUACUUCUACGCAUUCAAGAUCGACGCUGUGGACGAUGAGCAUUUCCCGCUAGAUUCGCUCCGCGACAUGUCCCUGGCCUUUGGCGUCUCGCACCUCCCGGGCGGGCACAAGCUCGGCAUACGCACCAUGUACGCCUACGAAAUCCCAGGAACCAUCCUAAUCGGCUACGGGAAGCAUGUCGUGGACAGCGGAGAGUGGUUCACCCAGACUGCCUGGGAUCCGAAGUCCUUGGUCGUGGGAGAUGUGGUCGGAGUCCACAUCAACCCUUUGGGAGACCUGAUCGUGUGGGUGAACGGUGAGCAGGUCCUUCGGACUGUCACCAGCCUUACGGAGGGCAAUCGAAAUGACUUGAACCCGCGGCGCAAGGCACUGGGCCCCCGUCGGACGCUGUUUCCGGUGAUCGAUCUUCACGGCAGGGUCUCUGCAGUGACACUCCUCCCGGAAAUGAGCAUGCCGAAUGUGAACUUGAAGGCGCGAAACAAGAUCAGAGAGAAGGACCUGAACCCACUCGGCUUUAGGGGGAAGAAGGCCAGGGACGCUGCCACAGUGCAAGGCCCUUCCAGUGCCGGGACGGAACCUGCCUGGCUUGGGCAAGGCCACAUAGAAUCGCAGAGCAUCCUCGGCGGGAGGGACCGGGAUUUGAAUGUCUUGCAGAGGGUCACGCAGCUGCCGCUCGUGGAGCCCCCGACUCCACGCGACGUGGAGCGCCGGCAAAGGCUACAUAGGUGGCCAAACUUCCCUGCUGACGUUGUCGACACCUUCCGGCAGUGGGGUGUGGAGCCCAGGUUACUGGCCUCUGAAGUCCCAGCGUUACGUGCCGGGGGCGCUGUGGAUGUCGACGAGAGGAUGCGCUUCCUCACUUCCGUGUUGCGGAGGAGUGUCGCAAGCCUCGCAGAGCACCCGCAGUUUCUGUGGAGUCGCUUCGAGGCGCACAUCUUGCCGCGGGCGCUCUAUGCCGACCAGCUGGGCCUUGUGCAAGUCAUCGGCUUGCGAGAUCUUCUCGGAACUCGAGACACAGCCCUCCAGGAUGCCAAAGCCUGGCCGGCCGUUUGUGGCCCGAAAGCUUCUCGUGCCGACUACGAGGAGCUCCAUCGCCAGGUGCAGCAACUCGCCUCCCACUCUGCACGGCUGCUGCCACUGACGCUGGCAGAGGGCCUCGAUGGACUUCGGAGAAGGCUGUCUGCGCCUCGCAUCACUUCCAAGGGCCCCCCCUGA